CUUCCUUCCUUCCUUCCUUCCUCUUCUUCUUCUUUCGUACAUUCCCUUUCUGCCCGCCCACAGUCGCUUUCGGAUUAAACUACUUCCAACGCCGCCCCCGUCACCGCCUAUCGCUCUCCAGCCUGAGCUACGGACUCCCAUCCUUGCUUUCGCUGCUCGGAGGCCCAUCUGCCUGCUUGUUUUGGGCACAGCCCGGGAUCGACUGACCACAUCUCCUGCUUCCCACCACGACGGAGAGCUGCACCCACUUCUGACGCUGGAGCACAACGCCGUUCCCUCGGCACAGCAGCCCGCCUUCAGCCACUCUCGAUAUUGCUCCAGUGUACAACCAUCACCACACUAGCCUGCACUUCGGGCUGGCUGUCAUUGCUUGAUCAUGACAGGACAGGGCACUGGUCCGUCGCGGAGAAGUCACACGAAGAGUCGAAAGGGAUGCAAGACAUGCAAGCGGCGGCACAUUCGUUGUGACGAGACCUUCCCACAAUGUCGGAAUUGUACCAAGCAUCAAGUGCGAUGCGACUAUAUGGAAAACGUUGGCUCUGACGCUGAAGGCCGCUCAAGUCCAGAGCAGACCCCACUGUCAUUCUCUCCCGACACUGAAAGUCGAAUCGAUCUCUGGCAACAGACGGGGAGCUUUCCCUAUCCUGCCCUCCAGGUUUUCCCGCCGCCUCAAACGCAUGAGUAUUCCAAGAAUGAUCUACGACUCAUACAUCACCUGUCUGCAAUCUCGAACGAUCUGAUGCUCAAAGGCACAACCAACCUGACGAUAUGGACGCAGAAAGUGCCAAAGUUCCUGAGCAUUGCUGCAACGUAUCCAUUCGUCAUGCAUGCUCUCCUGUCCUUCUCCGCCAAUCACCUCGCCUGGAGCCGGUCAUCGAACGAAACUAGAAAUUUGCACAUUCAGCAUGGCACGAUCGCGCUGCGAGGCUUGCACGAGGCCAUUGGCAACUUCUCCCACCAAGUUGCCGAUGCCGUUCUCGCAUGCUCGCUACUCCUGCUGUGGCAGGCUACUGAUUGGCGAAGUUGGUCGUCGCUGCGCGCCGGCAUUCAGUCUGUCUUAUCAGCGAUGCACUCCUGGAAAUACGAGUCAAUCUUCGCCGAAUACAUCACCGAGGAAGACCUCUUCGUCGGAGCUUAUCCCUCACGGCGUCCUUCCCUCGACGAGGAGAAUCGCAACACCAUUCUUAGCAAUACUAUCCAUGCAUCACAGCGGCUGCAAGGCUUCGUUGUCGGGCAUGAGGCAGAAUCGUAUUGGAUUGGGCAACUUCUACAAUAUCUACAGCGAUUGCACGUCUCGAGUCCAGCACAGACCCCCGACGAGCAAUACAGUCAUCUGUAUCUGCUGCGAAAAUGGCUAUUCUGGGUACCGACGUUAUUAUUACAGACUCAAGGAGGGCGAGGUCCCGCACUGCUCACGCUCUCCCAUUUCUAUGCGACCGCGCUUGCCCUGGAGCCACUUUAUCCCGAUCUUGGAUCCGCAUUCUGCGCGAGAGUAGCACUAUCGCCGCUUGAGCAGAUCAUCAGCGUGACGGAUGCGAUGCAAUCGCAACGAGUGAUGGACCAAAAUUCGAUGGAGAUUGCCUCUUUGAUGCAUUUCCCUCAGCAGAUGGCACUCGAUUUCCGAAAUAGAGUCAUCCAGUCGCAACAAAUGGCCAUGCAGCAUGGCUCACCGAUGGUGGUCACGCCCGACACGCUGAACUAUACGAGCAUCGGCAACCCUAGCCCAGCCUUCGCGCCAUCCCUCUUACAUCCAGUACCGAGCCAGUCGGCUGCCAUGCACGCGUCCUAUCUCGAAGUACCCAGUGUGCCACCUAGCUUCACGUCGGUCCAGACUGGCUGGAGUGCGAUGCCAUCGCCGAACUUCCCGCCUCAAUCGUAUACCCCGCGAGAAGAACAGCAAAUAUAUGGCUACUCACUGGGAGGGUUCCGAGGAGGGUUCGUAAAUACGCCAGAUCCGAUAUGGACUUGAGCGGCAUGAACACAGGCUUACGCACGUGCUCCAGGACACCCUUCCACGACCCAGGCACAGGGGCUGGUCCCUCCAACGAUCAACAACAACAACAACAACAACAGCAGCAACAGCAGCAACAACAACAACAACAACAACGACAACAACAUUACUAGUGGUCGAUGUUGUCAAGUGGAUGGGCGAUUCUUUUCUCUGCGCGAAAAACCGCAACCGACAACUUUUCUCUGUAGAUACUUGUGCGAUGCAACGGGCGGGCGGGAAGAGGAGAGCGAACGAACGAACGGACGGACGGACGGACGAAAUGUGAACGAUUUUCUUUUCAUGGAAACAGUCACGUCACCCCGGGACGUGGCAGGUUUCAACACUUUCUGCAAGGAUGCAGAAAGGUGUACAGGUGCGCAACGGACAUGUUUCUGCAUCGAGAUACCCGCAAGGAGAAGAGUUUUGGCGCUUGGAGACGAAAAGGUUCUUUUUUGGCAUACGCUCAGCGUGCUGUAGCGAAUUGAAC